CAAUAGUGAAGGUAAAGGGGAAAAAGGAAGAGAAUCUUUUGCAAAAAGUCGAAACGAGUGGAAAAAGAAGGGAAAAGUUGGUAACGAUAACCCCACACGGUCUGGUUGUCGAAUCAAUAAAGCAGUAAAAGUUUGUCUGCUUGCUAAUGCUAAUGCUAAGGCUGGUUAUAGCAAGCAUGGCUUCUUCUUCUCUUUCUUUUCAAGAAAAGUACGAUGUGUUUCUCAGUUUCAGAGGUGAGGACACACGCAAUACAUUCGCUAGCUAUCUUUAUGCAGCUUUAUCAGCAAAGCAGAUCUUAACUUUCAUGGAUCACGAGCUAGAGAGAGGGGAUGAAAUUUCCCCAACACUUAGAAGAGCCAUCGAAGAAUCCAAGAUUUCGGCGAUCAUUUUCUCGGAAAACUACGCCUCGUCCACUUGGUGUUUGGAUGAACUUGUUCAAAUCCUUGAAUGCAAGAAAACAAGAGAGCAUAUUGUUAUUCCAAUCUUUUACGGCAUAGAUCCAUCAGUUGUACGAAAACAGAAGGGAAGUUAUGGGGUUUCAUUCGCUGAACUUGAAGAACGUUUCAGAGACAGAAUGGAGAAGGUGCAUCAGUGGAGGGCUGCUUUGACAGAAGCGUCUAAUCUUUGUGGGUUGGAUUCCAAGGAUUUCAGGCCUGAAAACAAGUUAGUUCAAAAAAUCCUUGAAGACAUUUCAUUCAAAUUGCCUAAAUAUCUAUCAUUUAAUGAGCAGCUCAAGGGACAUCUAAUUGGAAUUGAAAAACAUAUCAAAGAAAUUGAAUCACGACUGUCAAUUAGUACAAAAGAUGUUCGCAUUAUAGGCAUAUGGGGCAUGGGAGGUACUGGUAAGACCACCCUUGCUAGUGUUGUAUUUCAAAGAUUAUCAUAUUUUCAAUUUGAAGGCUACUAUUUUCUUUGGAAUGUUAGGGAAGAAUAUUCAAGAUACGGAGCAAAUCAUUUGAGAAAGAAACUUUUGUCUGAGUUAUUAAAUGAUGAAUCUAUUCUGAGGAUGGAUACACCAUUUGUAGCAUCACCUUUUAUUAAUGACAAACUCCGUCGUAAAAAGGUGCUCAUUGUUCUAGAUGAUGUGGAUAGUUCAACCCAGUUAGAAGCUUUAGUAGAAGGAUAUUAUCACUUUGCACUUGGAAGCAGAAUCAUUGUUACAACUAGAAAUGCACAAGUGCUUAAAAAAGUAGCUGAUGAUAUUUACAAGCUUGAUGGUUUAAAUGAGAUUGAAUCUUUAAAACUGCUCAAUUUGUAUGCUUUUGGAAAAAGUUCUCCUCCAAAAAAUUAUGCAAUGCUGUCAAACAAUGUGAUAAGCUAUGCUGAUGGAAAUCCAUUAGCUCUUAAAGUCUUGGGAUCUUUCCUUCACUCCAAAAGCACUGAUGAAUGGGAAAGUGCAUUAAAUAAAUUGAAAAGAAUUCCCAACAAGGACAUUCUAGAUGUUCUUAGAAUCAGUUACGAGGGAUUAGAUAAAGGGGAGCAAAAUCUAUUUCUUGACAUUGCAUGUCUAAUUAAUCAGUCUUUUACUAGAGAUGAUGCAGAAAAGAUGUUAGAUGCAGGUGACUCCUUUACGAAAAUAGGAUUAACUGUUCUUAUUGAAAAGUCUUUGAUUGAAUGUCGUAAAGACAAUAAGCUAUGGAUGCAUGAUUUAUUGCGGCAAGUGGGUCAUACAAUUGUUUGUGAUGAACACAGAGAACCUGGUAAACGUAGUCGAUUGUGGGAUGUUAAAGAUGUUUGCCAUGUCCUGGAAAGAAAUAUGGGUACGGCAGCAGUUGAAGGAAUCUCAUUCAACAUGUCUGAAAUUAGUAAAGACAUAAAAAUGUGCCAUGCAUCCUUCUCAGAGAUGUAUAAUCUACGAUUUCUCAAAAUUUAUUGUGACAAUAUUGAUAACAAGAAGUUCAAACUGUACCUUCCCCAAGGUUAGGAGGCGUUAAGAAUGUUUUGAAUAAUUUCACGUUUCUGAAAAGUUGCAUCCAAAGUUUUACAGGCAAUUUAUGUCUCUACUCAUCUCAAACUCACAUGUCUCAAAAGUUUGCACCGAAUUUAACAUCUUUACUUAUGCGUGAGACGGCAAUAGAAACAGUGCCCCCAUCAAUUGGAUAUCUCUCGGGUCUUGUUAAAUUAGAUUUGGGGUUUUGUAAAAGACUUAAAAGUCUUCCAACAAGCAUUUGUCAUUUGAAAUCUCUUGAAGAACUAGAUCUGACUGGUUGUGAGAAACUGAAAACGU